AAUCUUGUGAUACGUGCGUCAGCUGUCACGGGGAGAGAGAGCUAGUUGACGCACGCGCUUCUGUCUCCAUGCUAGCCGGCGAGUUGUUUAGACACGAAAUAAUCUGCAAUUCUACUCGCAGGAAAGAAAGAGAUAUCAACUUGUUACCGGACAGUAUCAAUAUUAAACUGGACCAAGCGGAUUCUGUGACCGAUUCCAGCAGGAAAGGGGCUGUGUACCGCUGCAGAAGGUGUAGAGUUUAGUUAUAAAAUAUUUGGUGUAGGUCAGGUGGUUGUGCCGAAGAGAGAAUAGCAGGUUUCUCGGAUGGAAGCUGGCUAGGGCUAGUUUAUUUAUUGUCAAUUAAUAAAAUAGCUAGUUUUACCUCGUCAAACAUACGACGGAUUGCCAGUAGUUGCUGCAUAGCAAAACAUAGCUAGGCCGGGUCGGCCGGUUAGCUACCGAGCUAAUGACAAGAUAGCUUGCUCAAUAGUUAUGUCGAGCAGUUUCACAAAUAAAACGUCUUUGCUAAGCAGCUCUCCACAGAGCCAUGAGAAUAGGGUCUCGUCAGUCGGCAACAACAACAGAGACUGGGACUUGGAAAAAGAUGUAUUUGUAUGCUGCUAUGAAGAGCCUAUUGGCGAAACCAUGCUGGCGGGGAUGCACUCGGUUCAGCCUGGUCUGGACAGGCACAUGCCGCUGCUGCGAGGCCGCCACCGGGUUCCUCCGGACUGUAUGAUACUGGGCCUAGAGGAACCUUACCCCGGCUGUCACAACAACCGGAGUCCUCCCGCAGCCUACCUAGACACCGGUUCUCUGGCCUUCAGUGAAAAUGACCGGAACGCCACCCCGGUGUUGGAAAGCAGAAAGAGGACUCGGAGCAGUAGUUCAAGGAACCGGUAUAACGAGGUUGUCACAGAAUUGGGACCCGAAGAAGUGCGGUGGUUUUACAAAGAGGACAAAAAAACGUGGAAGCCUUUCAUUGGACACGACUCUUUGAAAGUUGAGGUCAUGUUUCGUAAUUUCUGCGAACGGAACCCUGGAACGACCAAGCGCCAGGGUUCUUUGGGAAUGGAUGAAGCGUACGAUGAAGAUAAUGCAAGCAGGGUGGAAGCGACAACUGGGGGGUCGAACGGAGUCGAGCGAGCUGGACCAGUGCCGGCGCCGAGAACUACGGUGAAUAGGGACAGGGGUUCGAUGGAGAGAACGGACUCCACAGACGAAAGAGACCUUGAUUCAAUAAACAUCAACGUAGAGGCUGUAUGUGUCAGGGGUGGGCUGUAUGAGGUGGAUGUCAAAGACAGAGAAUGCUAUCCUGUGUAUUGGAAUCAGCAGGAGAGCAUUCCUGUCAUGAGGGGCCAGUGGUUCAUCGACGGCACCUGGCUCCCAUUGGAGGAGGAGGAGAGUGACCUCAUUGAGGUGGAGCACUUGACCCGUUUCCUUGGGCAGCAAAUGCAGGACAGCUUCGACUCUGACUCUGUGGUGGCCAAAACAGUCGACAGCAAAGAUGUUCUCUCCCACCUGCCCCCUUUCUACCUCCCCUUUCUUUUCAAAUGGAGUGGAUAUCAACCGAGUGCUACAACUAAAUGUCUCAAGCGCAAACGCUGCUCAGCUGUCCACAGUUUGAAAUUGAGUCGGACCCACGUGGACUGGCACAGCGUGGACGAGGUCUACCUCUACAGCGAUGCCACCACCUCCAAGAUCGCCCGCACUGUCACCCAGAAACUGGGCUUCUCCAAAGCCUCCAGCAGUGGUACACGGCUCCACCGGGGCUAUGUGGAGGAGGCCUCCUUGGAGGACAAGCCCCCCCAGACCACACACAUCGUCUUUGUGGUCCACGGCAUUGGACAGAAGAUGGACACAGGACGCAUCAUCAAGAACACUGGCAUGCUAAGGGAGGCAGUAAGGAAGAUGGAGGAGAAGCACUUUUCGGAGCACACAGAGGAGCACGUGGAGUUUCUGCCUGUCGAGUGGCGCUCCAAACUGGCACUGGAUGGGGAUACAGUGGACUCCAUCACCCCAGACAAGGUGCGAGGACUGAGAGACCUGCUCAACAGCAGUGCCAUGGACAUCAUGUACUAUACCAGCCCCUUGUACAGGGACGAGAUCACCAAGGGCCUGACAUCAGAGCUGAACCGCCUCUACACCCUGUUCUGCUCCAGGAACCCAAAGUUUGAGGAGAAGGGGGGCAAGGUUUCCAUCGUGUCUCACUCCCUGGGCUGCGUGAUCACCUUUGACAUCAUGACAGGCUGGGACCCGGUGAAAUUCUGUCUGCAGGAGCAUCAGGAUCUGGAGGAGGAGCUGGACCUGAGAUGGGUCUCCUAUGAAGAGAGAUGCCUACUGGAGCAGCUGCAGCUCACCAGGAACAGGUUACGAGAGCUGGAGGAUCAGCUUCAAGGCCUGGAGGCCUCCAAACCGCUAGCACUCCCUGCUCUUAAAUUUAAGGUGGAGAACUUCUUCUGUAUGGGCUCUCCCCUGGCAGUGUUCCUGGCCCUGAGAGGGAUUAGACCAGGGAACAGUGGAGAACAGGACCACAUUCUGCCUCGAUCCAUCUGCCAGAGGCUAUUCAACAUCUUCCACCCCACGGACCCCGUGGCCUACAGACUGGAGCCCCUCAUCCUUAAACAUUACAGCAACAUUGCACCUGCACAGAUACACUGGUGUAGUGCUAUAGACCCCACGCCGUACGAUGAGAUCCGUCCCACCUUCAUUAACCCGCAGAAGGACCCGAUGUCGGACACAGAGAGCAUCCCCAGCCCCUCCACCUCUCCUGUCCUGGCCAGGAAAUACUAUGGAGAGUCUAUUGCCAGCAUGGGCAAGGCCAGCAUACUAGGAGCGGCCAGUAUUGGUAACAGUAUAGGGAAGGGAAUAGGAGGGAUCCUGUUCUCUCGGUUCUCUCGGUCUGCACCCUCCGGAGUGUCCUGUGCCAUCGAGGCUGGGACCCCAGAGGGGGAGGAGCCGAAGAGGACCGUCGAUAGCCAAUCAGAUUACGGCCUGUCGUCCACCUUGUCCCAGUCCCCCUCCACACUCAUAGACCCCUCAGUGGAAAUGGAGCGCCGCAUCGACUUUGAACUCCGUGAGGGCCUUGUGGAGAGCCGCUAUUGGUCAGCGGUGACCUCUCAUACAGCCUAUUGGGUCUCACAUGAUAUUGCGCUCUUCCUACUGACGUUCAUAUACAAGCAGGCCAACGUGCCGCCACCCACAGACAGUCCUGACCCAGAGUAAACACACAGAGCGACUUCACCAUGUCCAUACUCACACAUAGCAUCUUUAUCACCCUUUGUUACUCCAUUCUCUCUAAAUAGUUUUAUACUGACACACUUCUACUAACACACAGACCUCCUUUCGUACUGUUUAGGAUGGAUACACAUUCACCCAAGGGUGACACAUUGGAUUAUGCCCCCCUAAGGGGGGCAGCCUGCCUGUCACUGUGAUGACCAGUCCCCAUGCAUGCUCUGUGAAGCAUGGGGGAUAGUAGAGUCCUCCAUCUAUCCUUCCAGCUGCCAACGAGUAUGUCAGAGAUUUCAUUGCACGCUUCCAAAGGCGUCUUCCUCUUAAGAUCACAGUCUCUGUCUGAAACUGCUGCCCUCUCGGAUGUACAAGUCUCAAACUCCCCCCGCCAUCUCGAACUCCCCCCUCAUGUGUAGCAGGCAUGUUUCAGCCAUAGUGCAGCCCAACCCAAAGCUCUACUCUCCUCCACAGACUCUUUAUGGAGCUGUGGGAUGCACAAGCCAGCCUGGACCUCUCGGUAACCUCCCUCAUCCACACUGGUCUGUAUCUUCUUACCCGGAGUUACGUUUCCAUCGACAAGAACCUGGGCUGGAUACUGGGACCCUCAAAUAAUGGAAAGACUUAUGAAGGAAAUGAAAUUUGUGUAACUUUGUCUCAAAACGUAUGUUACUGUCUGAGCGAACUCAAUGCAACUUUCAAAGGGGUCUAAAUGUUAUUUCUAUAAUAGAAUGUUAAUAUAUUUCACUAAGAAAAUAAUGCUACAGUUAGUUUUUUCUUUAUUUGUUUUGGAAAUGUAAAAAAAAAGUGGGAGACGAACUCGUUCACUGUACUUCGAGUUAGUGUUCCUCCUUUUCAUGACCAUUUGACCAUCGAAUGACCGUAGUGAGCAUGAGCCUCACACAAAGCUCUGCAAAAAGCCAUUUUCAUUUUUUUAUACAACAAAGUUAUUAGAUGACGUACAGUUUAAGUCGGAAGUUUACAUACACCUUAGCCAAAUACAUUUAAACUCAGUUUUCGCAAUUCCUGACAUUUAAUCCUAGUAACAAUUCCCUGUCUUAGGUGAGUUAGGAUCACCACUUUAU